AUGAAUGAUUUCAAGAUUGGAAGGCGGAGACGUUCUAGUAGCCUUUUGUACCAUGAACCACCAGAGACGAUAGAGCAUAUGAGCGACCAGGCGGCCCUUCCAAAUCUCAACGCGAAUUGGGUUAAUGCUAAAGGUGCAUGGACAAUACAUCUAGUUCUAAUAAUAUGUCUCAAAAUACUUUUCGAUAUCAUACCUGGUGUUUCUCAAGAAACCUCAUGGACACUGACAAAUAUAUCUUACAUGUUUGGCUCAUUUCUCAUGUUCCAUUGGGUUCGAGGCGUUCCAUUUGAAUUUAACGCAGGAGCAUAUGAUAACUUGAACAUGUGGGAGCAAAUUGAUAAUGGAGCACAAUAUACUCCCGCGAAAAAGUUCUUACUUAGUGUACCUAUACUACUGUUUUUACUAAGUACACAUUAUACACAUUACGAUUUGACUUAUUUUACUAUCAACUUUUUGGCAGUGCUAGGGGUGGUAAUACCUAAACUUCCAUAUAGCCAUCGAACGCGAGUUGGUUUCUUUUCUGGUGGUCCAGAAAAUAGAUAG